GGCCCUGGAGGACCGACAGAGCAGCGAGACAAGAUCCUCGCCAACUUCAUGGCAGCAGACCGCAUCAUCCUGAAAAAAGACGCUCAGGUCAUGCUCAUCAAAAACGUCGACGAGACGCUCGUCAACGGGUCUAUGGGCAAGGUUAUAGGGUUUUGCGAGCGACAUCUAUAUAGGGAAGACACUACAGGGAGAUGGGUGGGAGUGCCGAUGGACCAGGAUACAGACGAAGAUUCGGUGGGCGAGGAUGGCGCGCCCAGAAAGAAACGAAAGACGAGCGCGGCUGUCAAGGCCAACGGGGAGAAGCUCCCCGUUGUCUCAUUCAGGAUGCCUGGAGGUCAGUCGUCGACGCAUCGAGGUCUGUCAGCCCCGUUGCCCCCUGCUCAUAGCCUUUACCUCUCGACACCGCCAGGCGGAACCCGCGACGUGAUUGUCGAAAAGGACACGUUCAAGACGGAACUGCCGAACGGAGAGAUUCAGGCGUCGCGAUUGCAGUUGCCGUUGAUCCUGGCUUGGGCGAUGAGCAUUCACAAGUCGCAGGGUCAAAGUAAGUUGACAACGCCUGAGAUGUGAAGACGCAUCGCUGACUGGCUCGAUCGUCUCACAGCACUGGACCGCGUCAAGGUCGAUCUCGGCAGGGUGUUCGAGAAGGGUCAGGCCUAUGUCGCUUUGUCCCGUGCAACCUCACUCGAAGGGCUACAAGUGACUGGAUUCAAUGCCGCCAAGGUGAGCACAGAUCCUAUAUUUGAUCGUUUCUAUGCCGCUAAAGAUC